AUGCUACACCAGAGGCCACAGACACCAUACGGCGAAUGCUGCCGCGCUCUUGGCCAUUCAUUCCGUCCUAUUCCAUGGAGUUUGCGCACAAGCUGCCAGCCGUCCAUUCGACAGGCUUCACCUUCCGCCCUUUCGAGACGCCGCAUUUGGCUUAUGCACGUUUGGGAUAACCGUAUCCGACUGUGCCUCUGCAGUCGCAAAAGUACUCGGUUUGACGCAGCCGCGUACGACCACUUGGCACAACUCGAACACGGAGACAUGACGUGGAUCGUGCCUGGAAAAGUGUUGGCAUUUAGUGGCCCGCUCAUGGAAAGGCGCGAGUUUGCGCCGACUAAAGUGACGAUGCUGGCACAAGACUAUGCCAAAGUUUUCAAUACGAUGGGGGUUUCGUGUGUCGUUCGAUUGAACGAGCAAUGUUACGAUCGAAAGAAAUUCGUCCACGCUGGACUGAACCAUGUAGAGUUAAUCUUUCCCGACGGAAGCACCCCCGCCGACUCCAUCCUCGACUCGUUUCUGAACCUUUGCGAACGCGAGCGAGGGGCAGUGGCGGUGCACUGCAAGGCGGGACUCGGUCGCACGGGGACUGUCAUUGCGGCCUACAUCAUCAAGCAUUAUCGGUUCACAGCCACGGAGGCUAUUGCGUGGUGUCGGUUGUGUCGCCCUGGUUGUAUCGUGGGGCCCCAGCAGCACUUUUUAGCCUAUAAGCAGGCGUCUUUGUGGGCUACCCCCCUUCCUUCUAACCACCAACCCCCGCCAAAACUCAAGCCUCAACUCCAGACUCGAAAGUCAUUCACUUAA